AUGGCGUUCGCCUCGGCAACAACUACGACAUUGCCGCUUUCCCCUCGACCCAACCGUCCUCCUUACCUCGACCCCUCCCGCAUUUCCCUCUCCUUGAACCCUGACGGUACGCCUCAGGAGCUUGCACGCGGCACCUGUGGCAUUGUGUACGCAGCCAUGUUGGACUCCGCCUGCCCGGUCGCCGCGAAAAUUCUCGAUCAACCACCGGAUCUCUCUUCCAGUACUCGUUCACUCCAAGAAGCACCAUCGAGGCACGGAGCUGUCGCUGAGCGUCAAUUUCAACGAGAAGCACGUCGCUAUGCUGCCUUGCGGAAUGUGGGGGGUGUUGCUGCGUUUUUCGGCGUAGCUCCCCCGACAUCCGACACAAAGCUUUUCGCGACGGAACGAAUGUGGGGCGGUAGCUUACAAGACGCUUUUAGAAAACAUGGUACACUUGAUCCAGCGUCUUCGCUUCGCAUCGCUCAUAAUGUCGCCAUAACCCUCGCAGAACUCCACAGACUUGGCUUCACACACGGCGAUCUCAAAUCUGCAAGCGUUCUCUUCUCACAACCGCUGUCAGCUAGUGCGCCCGUUGCACCGGAGACUGUCAACAUCAAGCUUGUAGGCUUCCAGUUGUCGAGAUCUUUCAGUUCGCAGGUGACUGAUUCCUCGGAUGACGAGGAUAACGAUGAAUCAGUCAGCUCACGAUUUUCUGCCCCCGGCCGUGUCGAAGAUGGUGGUGAGGGUGCCUGGUUUCUUGAGCCGGACGCCCGGGGAACACCUGCAUUCCUGUCUCCGGAGGCGUGGUGUGGAUCAAGGGCUCUGAGGGAUCGCAACGUCGCAGAAAAAGCGGAUGUCUAUGCGCUGGCGAUGUUACUCUAUGAACUUGAGACAGGGACGGUCCCAUGGAAUGAUUUAUCCGAGUGGGGCAUUUAUGUUGCCGUCUGUAAUCAAGGACAGCGGCCGGUAUGGCCGAAUAGACCCGAGCGUAUCCCGGGCUUACGGGCUGUCGUAGAGCAAAGCUGGGUACAAAACCAUCACACGAGGCCGUCGUCGCAGCAAGUCGCAGAGAAACUUCUCAGCCUGCGAGAAGAGCAGGGAUAUACGCACAGCAUUGAUACCACGAUGGGGGACGCGUUGCUCUCAGUCACGGCCCGUUCUAGUGGCGCACAAGGGGAUGCAGCUGUGACGGAAGGAAGUCCGGAAACAACGGAUGGGGUAGAUUUCCCAUCACCAACUUCGCCCGUCUCUGAACGUCGGAGCGCGCCGGACGAAGGUAGCGAGGCCGAGCGCGGCAGCAAGUCAGCCCCAACGAUUCGCGAACACGUGAGCAUCCAGAAAGGACCACAAAUGGACUCAAAGACAACAAAAUAUUUAACAAAAGGACAUGUCCAAAAAAAGCCGCCGGAGCACAGUCGUAAACGGGAUAACAACGCUAUUGCACUCAUUGCUAAGCGUCCUGCGACCCACGCGUUGAAGCCGUGGCCAGCCUCCGCCCGGAACGGCGCAGCUGCUAUGGGGGCAUCUCAAGCAGUUGAAGCGGCCGGAGGGCGGCGGUCGUCCACUCAUCAACCCGUCAUGUACGAUGAAGGCCAAGCUAGCAUGCAACAACCGCAAAUUGCAGCGCGCUCCGCGGGCGGUGGGCACUCUUCCGGGUUUCACGACCAGAAAAUUGCGUCUGCAUUUCCCCCUGAUUUGGCUGCCUUGUCUCUUGAUAGCAGCGCCAUCGCUCUCCCAAAGGAAUCAGUACAGGAAGCAUCGACAAAUCAAGUCUCCGCUACAGACCCCAGCGCAAUUGGCACAUACGAACAUCAUUCCCAUUCUGUUCCAACUCUCAUUCAGAGCUCAAUUGAUACCAGCGAAGCGUUUAACGACCUUCAGAUCGUUCCUUCUGAAACAGUCUUGGAUGCCUCAGUUGAAGAACGAGAAGAUACUCUUGGCGGACAAACAGACAUAGCGAGACCUAUAGAGCAAAGAGAUGAGUUCCAGCGGCAAGUCGAAUCAAGCGUGAGCACUGAUUUAACGGUCCCGGACUCAGUUCGAAGUCUCAACUACGCUUUCAAAACACAAGUGAUGAACAAUGAUUGCGCAGCUCUUUGCAAGGCAUUAGAAGAGAACGAACGACAUCCCUACAAUGCCACACGAAUCUUAGAGGCCCUCUGUGUGCUGCUUGAAAACGACAAGGACAACUGCGAGUAUAUCACAGAGCGCCGCGCUAUGCGUCGUGUCACAGGUAUCGUUUCUCGCUAUGGCAGUACGGAUAGUCGACUGUGCAAAACGGCUUGCCUCAUAGUAUACCGCAUGGCUGCUUGUCAAAGUGUCAAGGCAGAGAGUGAGCUGAGGACUACGGGAUCUUGCGAAAUCGUGCUCAAUUCAAUACAAUGGCAUCCCGCAAAUCUACCUGUCGUUCAAAACGCGGCCUGUGCAAUUAACAUAUUGUGUCGCGUGUCUCCCGUAUUGUGCUCUAUUCUUCUUAAUCUUGGAGGAGCAGAUUGUGCUCUCCGUGUGUUGGCUCGAGGCUCAAAAUCGUUUGGUCGGGAUGUGCCUGUGGCAUCGGCAGGCCUGGAGGUGAUCGGCCUUAUAGCGCAGUCUGCAUCGGGCGUGGAAAUACUCGCUGAGCAUGAGGCAGUGCGAAAAGUACUUGAGUGCUGUGACAUAUUUAAAGACGAACGAAUCGAUCGACAUGUACUCGGAAUACUUUUCUCUUUCACGAGACAUCCGGCUGGUCAGAGCAAGAUUUUAUCAACCACAGGAAGCAUGACAAUUCUGUACCCGCUGAUAGUCAGAAUACGUGAGGGGGUUGAUGCCAGUCAAAAGCUAAAAGUGGCCUGCGACGUUGUGUCUGCCUUGGCAGUAGUUCCUUCCGUCAAGCAACCCCUUGCAAGAAGUGUAUUCCUUUCGAGCUAUGCAGGAGAGGAGAUCGUGCAAGGAGUCGGAGCUUGUGCGCAGCGAAGUGCUGGUGAGACUAAUCUUUCUGACGCCGCAUUGAUGGUUGCUGGUUUUGAAUGCUUCAGGAGCAUGUCAUCCCUUGGUCAAGACGUCUGUGGCGCACUACAAAUGGCGAAAAUUUUCGAGGUAACAAGAACAAUACUAGAACGAUUUUCAAUGGAUAGAAGGAUUGCCGCCGAGGCGCUACUCUUCUUGCAUGCAAUAUUGAGGGGGCUUCGCGGUUUAUCUUUCGGAGGACAUGUAGAGAUCGUCUCACAUAUACUUAAUCAGUUACAGAAUCGAUGGCAGGCUGACGCUCAAUUGCGCACCUAUAUUGCCGAAGCCAAACGAGUCAUUAAUAAUUCGUCGAACCAGGAUGAGAGCCAGCUCGCGGAAACUGUGCCUACACCGGAACUCGCCGAGUCAAAAAACCAGCCGCGUACAAGACUGCGCUUGUUUUUGAGAAGGCAGUCAUGGAAGAAUCGAUAAAUUGUCAAUAACCGUCGGAUUUUGGGCAAACAUGCAUGUGGCCGACUGCCAUGAUGGUGAUUGUCCUGGACGAAAGCUCAAGUAUAGUAAGUCGUCGUGUAAUUUGUACAGUAAACACCACUGCGCUAUUAAGUGCA